AAUCCUCCACACAGAACCCUCCAUCCAGAACCCUCCACACAGAACCCUCCACACAGAACCCUCCACACACAACCCUCCACACAGAAUCCUCCACCCAGAACCCUCCACCCAGAAUCCUCCACACAGAACCCUCCACACAGAACCCUCCACACAGAAUCCUCCACACAGAACCCUCCAUCCAGAACCCUCCACACAGAAUCCUCCACACAGAACCCUCCAUCCAGAACCCUCCACACAGAACCCUCCACCCAGAAUCCUCCAUCCAGAACCCUCCACACAGAACCCUCCACCCAGAACCCUCCACACAGAACCCUCCACACAGAAUCCUCCACACAGAAUCCUCCACACAGAACCCUCCACACAGAACCCUCCAUCCAGAACCCUCCACACAGAAUCCUCCACACAGAAUCCUCCACCCAAAACCCUCCACCCAGAAUCUUCCACACAGAACCCUCCACACAGAAUCCUCCACACAGAAUCCUCCACACAGAACCCUCCACACAGAACCCUCCAUCCAGAACCCUCCACACAGAACCCUCCACACAGAACCCUCCACACAGAUCCUCCACCCAAAACCCUCCACCCAGAAUCUUCCACACAGAACCCUCCACACAGAACCCUCCACACAGAAUCCUCCACACAGAAUCCUCCACACAGAACCCUCCAUCCAGAACCCUCCACACAGAACCCUCCACCCAGAAUCCUCCAUCCAGAACCUCCACACAGAAUCUUCCACCCAGAACCCUCCACCCAGAACUGUCCAUCCAGAACCCCCACAGAAUCUUCCACACAGAAUCUUCCACCCAGAGCCCUCCACCCAGAACUGUCCAUCCAGAACGGUUCAUCCAGAAGUCUCCACACAGAAUCCUCCACACAGAACCCUCCACACAGAAUCCUCCACACAGAACCCUCCACCCAGAAUCCUCCAUCCAGAACCCUCCACCCAGAACCCUCCACACAGAAUCCUCCACCAGAACCCUCCACACAGAACCCUCCACACAGAAUCCUCCACACAGAACCCUCCACCCAGAAUCCUCCAUCCAGAACCCUCCACACAGAAUCCUCCAUCCAGAACCCUCCACACAGAAUCUUACACCCAGAGCCCUCCACCCAGAACCGUCCAUCCAGAACUCUCCACACAGAAUCUUCCACCCAGAGCCCUCCACCCAGAACUGUCCAUCCAGAACGGUUCAUCCAGAACUCUCCACACAGAAUCCUCCACCCAGAACUGUCCACCCAGAACUGUCCAUCCAGAACUCUCCACACAGAAUCCUCCACACAGAAUCUUCCACCCAGAACUGUCCAUCCAGAACGGUUCAUCCAGAACUCUCCACACAGAAUCCUCCACACAGAACCCUUCAUCCAGAACCCUCCACAUAGAACCCUCCAUCCAGAACCCUCCACCCAGAAGUGUCAAUACAGAACCCUCCACACAGAAUCUUCAACCCAGAACGACAGCAGCCCCAGGAGGUCUACACCAGACCCCUUACUGCUCCUAGAGCGCUGCCAGGUGGCCCCUGAACCCCUUACUGCUCCAGUUUUCUGUUCGUGUCGAAUACUGGGUAUUGUAGUUUGUUUUGGGUUUUUAUUCCAACAAGUUGCAGUGAGACAGGAUGAACACAGAUGAACUGCUCUGGACCUGGACUUCCUUUGGUCCCCGUCUUGUUUCCGUGAUGUCAUCAGCGUGGUGUCGUGUUGACCUUCCCGCUAACCUUUCUAACUCACCUGCAUCAGGUGAGCUGAUGUACAGUGUGUACAGCAGGAAGUCCAGCUCAGACCUGAAUGUGUGUUGAAACCUGAGGAGGCUGUAGUCACACCUCAUUCCCCUCUGGAACCAAGAGUAACCUGAUCUGGGUCACCCGACACCUCCUCAACUCAGACCGGCCGCUUCCUCGCAGUCUGCUCGCCACCCUGUAGCAUGGCGGAUGCCGGGGCCUGGAGAACGCACCAGGAUGGCCCCCGGAUCCUCCAACCAGGACCAGGACCAGGACCUGGACAAGGAUCAGGACCUGGACUGGGGCCUGGACCGGGACCAAACCGUGUGUGGAUCUCUCUGAUCGCAGGUGAGAUUCUUACAUUAAAGGACUAAUCCAGGUUUUAAACGUCCACCUGAACCUGCAGUCUGAUACUGCGUCUUAAAACUGGCCAAUCAGGUGAGAUUAUUUCACCUGUUCCCAGUGCUGAUGUUGGUUGAGCUCAGGUAGGACGACGUGAAGACAAAGUAAAAGUCCAGUGAAUCGUCUUAUUUGGAACAGGUG